AUGCCUAAAAAUUUAAAUUUAUUCGGAAAAUAUUUAAGAAGACUUGGAAAAAGUCAUAAAAAGGGAUUCAAAAAAAAACAAAUAAUUCAUCCUAUUCCUGUUAAGGCAUAUGGUAGAGUACCAUCAGCAGCAUCACAAACUGGUCUUUACCAUGAUGAAGAUUAUAAUUAUUAUACUAAAGUAUCAUAUUCUUUAAAAAAAACAAGAAUAAAAAUAAAACCUAAUGUAUUUAAAAAACAUAUUGUAAGUAACAUAUUAAAUACUAUUAUACCAAGCGUCCGUAUAACAACUAGUGCAUUACAUGCUAUUGAUGAUGCAGGAGGUUUUGAUAACUAUAUUUUGCGAACCCCCCCAGAAGAACUUCGAUCAAAUUUCGGAGAAAAAUUAAGAAAUGUUAUGUAUUUUUAUUUAUCCCAUCCAAAUAUAAGGACUUUUACAUUACCAUGGAAAAUAUUCAUGACGAGGUUUCAACAAAGUGAUUAUUAUUAUGCUAUAUUUCAACAUUUAAAAAAAAAAAGAUUAUAUGAAUUAUAUAAAAAUAAAGAAUCAGGUAAAUAUUCUCCAUAUUAUUUACCUAAUGAUAAAUCAUUACACCCACAAAGACAACAAUUUCCAAUAAACACAGAAAUUACAGGUUUAAAUUUAUGGCACACCAAAAAUAAAAUAUUAAAAAAAGCUUUUAUUGAUAAAUUAAAAGAAGCUAAAUCAUUUGAUAAAGCAUAUACAGAUCAUCAUUUUAUUGGAAGUUAUAGAAAAGGUAGAGGUAGAGGAGGAGGUGGAAAACAUGGUAGAACACCGAGAAAAAGAUCGAAAACGUAUAAGUAUUUUGAAAUUAGACCAUACUAA